ACAAAACAUAUUCAAUUCAUGAAUUCAAAGGAGGGUUGUGAAAAGUGAAAACAAAAUCAUAAUUACAGAGAAGAAAAUUUCACUGUUAUUAGCCUUUGUUUUAACAGAGACUAUAAAUGACUUAAUUAAAUAGUAACUCUUCAAAAACUACAUCUAAAGUUACAACUUACAGUGUACCAAUUAGAAAUUUGGUGUCCGGUCAUACGAAGAUGGACGAAUUGAGUUGCAAGGAAGAAAUCUUUGAAGUGAGUGAUGCUGAGCCGUCCACUAGUGAAGACACUAAGAUCAAUGAAGGGAAGACAAAAAAAAGAAGACGGAGACGCAGAGAAAUUGACUUGAUGUCAGAGGGUGAUGAGACGGAGGAUGAGGGUCUGAACAAGAAGCUGUACCGGCGGCUGAGCCCCGCGCCCGGCCCGCACUCGCCUGCCUCGCACAGGGAGCCUAGGACUUGUGUGCUAAAGGCAAGCCAGAAGCGUCGUCCGUUGUCCCGCCUUCUGGAACAGCUCCUACGCAACCUGGAGAAGCGCGACCCGCACCAGUUCUUCGCGUGGCCGGUCAACGACAACUUCGCGCCCAACUACUCCGUCAUCAUCAAGCGCCCCAUGGACUUCUCCAGCAUCAAGCAGAAGAUCGACGAAAAUGAAUACCGAUCGCUCAACUGUUUCAUUAGCGACUUCAAGUUGAUGUGCAACAACGCAAUGAAGUACAACAAGCCGGGCACGGUGUACCACAAGGCGGCCAAGCGCCUGCUGCACUCCGGCCUCAAGCAGCUCACGCCGCAGAAGCUGCGUCCGCUGGGCGACAUGCUCACCUACAUGUACGAGAUACCCAUCCGCGAGCUGGGCUUCGACAUCGGCAAGAUGGAUGUGCAGAAGGUGCUGAAGCGCAGCAGUCCGCUGAAGAGCUGCGGCUCGGAGGCCGAAGUGGUGUCGGACGGGGCUCCGGAGCGCGCCGACAGCGGCGACAGCGUCAAGAUACAGAUGGAGGCGGCGCGCGAGCAGCACAGGAGGCGACUCGCUAAAAAAGCUUUCCCCCGGAUGGACGCGGAGGGCAAAACAACCCUCAAGCUGGUGACGCACACAGUGGAGGGCGCCGGCGAGGACAAGCCCAUGACCCUGGGCCAGUACAUCGGGAAGCUCACACAGGGAACUGGCUCUUUGCACACGCCGCGCGAGGACCGGCGCAACGUGGCCAAGUGCGUGAAGCCGCUGCACUACGGGCCCUUCAGCUCGUACGCGCCCGCGCACGACGGCACCUUCGCCACGCUCACCAAGGACGAGUCGCACCUCAUCUACCACACGCUGCCAUCAGAGACCGGGCAGGGCAAUGAGGAGAUGCUCCGCUUCGCGCCCGACUCCCCGUGGCAGCACAUCUACGACAUGGAGGCCAUGUUCCCCGACAGGAAGGCGCAGCAGGAGAGCGCCGCGCCCAAGGACGACAACGACCUGUCGAAGGUGCGCGUGGACGUGGAGCAGCUGCGCACGCUGGCGGAGCUGGGCAUCGACGUGGACUUCCUGGCCGACAUCGAGGAGGACGUGCGCCUGGCGCAGCAGGACUACGGCAUCGCCGCCGCGCUGCAGCACAACUACACGCUGCUGGCCAAGCUGGAGAAGGAGCAGCGGGAACGGCUGUCGAUGACGCCGCCGUGGCACCUGGCGGCGUGCGCGCGCGCGGGCGGGCCGGAGCGCGAGGCGGCGCGGCACGCGGCGGCGUGGCUGCGCGGCAUGAUCGCGCGCGUGCCGCCGCACUGCGUGGCGCCGCUGCCCGUCGUGCGCGCCGCCAUGGGCGUCACUCUCGACCACCUCGACACGCCGAUGGCGGUGGACGACUUCGAGAUGGAGAUGAACGAGCACCGCGACACCGUGUCCGACCCGGACUCGCGCUCCAGCCACGACAAGUAGCCGCGCGCGCGACACGUGACGGAUGCGUGUACGCACAGUUCGCGACGCGUACGUGCGCCGCUCUGAAGUUGGUGCCGAGUAUCACCGACCGGGAAGUCAAGAUCACAAAGUCCAUUGGAUUACGACCUGUCAGGAAUGCAUUGGUGCUGGAAAGGCGAUCUCACACAGGAAAGCGUAGUGUUGGUUGGUGGACUAGGUGGACCGAAGAUAGAUCGCGACUGGCGGCUCAAAACCGUAUUGUGUCUCUCAAAAGAGGCUUAUGUCCAACAGUGGACGUCCAUUGGCUGAUAACGAUGAAUGAAUUUGAGCAAUACAUUGUUUUCAUGUUGCAUUAAAAAAAUUACAUAUUAAAGCAGACAGCAUUGCGCGUGUUUGGAUAUGUAGCUGACUUCAGAGCGGUAUACUUGCAUGCGAUGGGAACUGUACAUACAUUGUAUUUAUAUGUAUAGGUUAAGAGUAGUCGUAAAUAAAUAUUUGUUGUAAAA